CAUCCAACUACCAUCUCCACAUUGUAAAGGAUAUCUGAGUAAUAGAGGGUCCUUCACCUCCCAAUCUUCAAUAUAAUCCAAAAAAAUGUUUGAUUGCCAUAAUUUAUAACGAAAUAUUUAAUAUAAAGUAACGAAUUAUUAUUUAUGUUGAACAGCAAAGUCCAGCUACAACAACUAUAACAAGAAAAGGCAAAAAAAGAAAGAAGAAGAAGAAGAAACAGUGAAGAUGGGCUCUCAUGUAUCAAAACAAGUUGAAAGAAGAAAGACAAUCCACACCGAAAAGAAAACUCUAACCGAACUUAAAACCUCAGGAGAAGACUACCCUGGUUCUGAAUAUCAUCCAUCAGAUAGAAAAAACUGGAUGAAUGGUCUCAACCCAGAGAAAGUUCAUAUCAAUCAAAUUGUAUGGCCAGGAACACAUGAUUCUGCUACCAACAAGAUUGGUUUCCCACUCAUCACUCGACCUUUUGCUCAAUGCCAAUCUUUGUCUAUCUAUCGACAGCUCGCUUUAGGCACACGUGUUAUUGACAUUCGUGUCCAAGAAGACCGACGUGUGUGUCACGGAAUUCUUGUUACUUACAGCAUGGAUGUUGUUAUUGAAGAUGUCAAAAAGUUUUUGUCGGAAACACAGUCUGAGAUUAUAAUUCUUGAGGUUAGAACAGAAUUUGGUCAUGAUGAUCCACCUGAAUUUGAUAAGUAUCUGGAAGAACAAUUAGGUGAGUUUUUGAUUCAUCAAGAUGAUCAUGUUUUUGGAAAAACCAUUUCGGAGUUGUUACCUAAGAGGGUUAUAUGCGUUUGGAAGCCGAGUAAAUCGCCACAGCCUAAAGCAGGGAGUUCUCUGUGGAGUGCAGGGUUUUUGAAGGAUAACUGGAUUAAUACAGAUCUUCCAUCAACCAAGUUUGAUGGGAAUUUAAAGCAUUUGAGUGAGCAACCACCGGUUGCGUCCAGGAAAUAUUUUUAUAGGGUGGAGAAUACGGUUACUCCAGUGGCGGAUAACCCUGUUUUGUGUGUGAAACCUGUAACGAGACGCAUUCAUGGAUAUGCUAGGCUCUUUAUUGCUCAGUGCUUUGCUAAGGGAUAUGCGGAUAGGAUUCAGGUCUUUUCCACCGAUUUUAUUGAUGAGGAUUUUGUUGAUGCAUGUGUUGGACUCACUCAUGCAAGGGUUGAAGGAAAAGCCUGAAUUAUGCUCUAUGUUUGUUUCCAUUCCACUUGUUUAUUGUUUGUUCCUUGAUUUGAUUUGGUCUGUUAUUGUAUAUUUUUUAUUUGUUGGUUUGUAAAUGUGUAUUAUGGACUUGAUUGUAAAUUCCAAACUAUACCAUGUUCUGUUCUGUUGGUUAUACAUGCUUUAUUCUUCCUCCUAUUGCCUCAAA